AAGGCUGUGGACGCUCCUCCUGCCCGCCCUGCGCGGGGAGGAGCCCGGCCGCCGGCGGCUGCGGGGCGGGGCGGGGCGAGGCCCGAGCCCACCCCCGGCUGCAGGCACCGCCCCCCGGCACGUGAAGCGGUGGAGGGCGGAAGUGAGGCCGCCGGCGGAGGCUGAUGAGCUUGUGGGAGUCAAAGCAGAGCAUGCAGAGAUGUUCUACCUGCAGAAGACAAGGAAAUUUUUUGAGGCAAACUGGCUGCUACGGAGAUGCACUGCAACCUGGAAGAGCUUGCCAGAUAAAGCUUCAUUUGCAAACAUACUGCGGAUGGAUGAUAAAACGCUCACUAAACUGACUUUCCCCCUCCAGGAUCUGGAGAAAUAUCUUAUGUCCAGUGUGAACACUGAAAACUUCCGGAUCUUCAACCCCAGCCUGGAUUACAUCCAGUGGGCAGAGUUGCUUUUCAAACCCUCGAAAGACCAUGUGAUUGAUUAUUUCAGUUCUGCCAUCCGCAUGGAUCACGCUCCACUACUUUCACAGCCUGAGGUGUGCUUUAUCGGCCGAAGCAACGUUGGGAAAUCCUGCUUAAUAAAGGCUUUAUUUUCUUUGGCUCCAGAAGUUGAAGUGAGAGUGUCAAAAACUCCAGUAGGUGUUGUUUUGGAAUGCCCUCCCUCUCAGUUGGAUGCUGGUGCCAUUCGGGGUCACACCAAGAAACUUAAUUUCUUCAAGGUGGGGAAACGUUUUACGUUGGUGGACAUGCCUGGCUACGGAUACCGAGCCCCACGAGACUUUUCUGAGAUGGUGGAAGCCUAUCUACAAGAGCGGAAGAACUUGAAGAGGACAUUCUUAUUAGUGGAUGGUGUAACAGGAAUUCAGAAAGUAGACAACAUUGCUGUAGAGAUGUUGGAAGAGUUUGGGAUCCCUUAUGUGUUCUGUAGAGUUUUCUGGGAUCUACCUGCUGAGGUGUUUUAUAGCACAUGUUACAGGAAAUCUACCCAUUACAGAGUCCUGAUGACAACACACAUGUCCCUAACCACAACUAUCCUGCUGUACUCACUUAUCCACCAUAAAAGGAGUGUACUGUGACUGUCCACCCUGCUGGUUCUUGAACUCUGGAAGAUGCACCACCAAGAAAUGUGUCUGGUAGAUGCACCAGAUACAUAGGCUGACUUCUUCCGUGUUUAGAAGGUGAAGGAAAGAUCUCACCUUUGAGCAUCAGAUAUCACAAUAGAUUUGUCAGUCAUAAUCUGAAUAUGGUGCUUCUGACGUGGUGUAGGAAAUCCUGGAUGCUUGCUGCCCUGCUUGGAAGUCCAUUAUGUUAAUAUGGAGCUUUGUCUCCUUGGAAGACGAGAGGCCUUGCAUUUGGAGACUGCUGACUUAUGCUUCAUGCCCUAGUAGAGAAGUGUCUGCUGUGAUGGUCACAAAGGAGUGGAAGAGGAGGAAUGGGACCUGAUGACUCUGAAACUCAUGCUAAGCUUGGGCCUACUCACAAAACUUAAAAUACAGAAUAACGCUAACUGCGUAUUGCAAGAGGAUGCGAGUUCAUGGCUAGGCCAUCUAAGAAGGAAUAAUGAAGUAUCUCUUCCAGCUUAUCUUUCUAUACUCAAAAUGAUUUCAGGCAGACUCUUAGUUGUCUGGUGUGUAACCAUAUGAAAUGUCUAUCCUUGAUUAAUUAGUAUGGUAAAUAUUUUUUUUGCAACUAACUCGUGUUUAUGUGCAGGAAGAGACAUUCUCCAUAUGUAACAGAUGUCUCCUCCUGAUUUAGUAUAUUUUUCCUGGCUGUUAAUCAAUUUCUUGAUAUGUUUCAAACUGGAUAACCUCUUGUUACUGAAGAAAGUAACUAAUUUAAAUUAGAAAUUUCUGAUAACCAGUAAUGAGCAGGUUUUUCCUGUCAAUUACUGCUUGGGACUCUCUCUUGAUUUACACAACUAAAAGAAUGCUUUGAAGAUGCUAAACUAAGGGUAUAAAAAGGCAGUAAAGCAGCAAACAGCGCACACUUCAAGAGUGAGAAAUCUCUCUGACAUCAGUUGCUGAUGCGCCCAACUUACUUGAGAAGUUGAAGAGAAACAGACUGCCUUUUCGUUACCCAUUUGGUGAAAAAUCAUCACCUUAUAGCUAAUUACUGGACUUUGAUUUGGUUUGGGCUCACUUGACUUGAUUUUAAAUACUUGUAGUAAAUAAAGCCUUUCUGUCACUCA